AUGGCUAUGUUGAGAGGCUUGGCUUGGGUGCUGCUCCCUGCCGUCUGCGGGGCGCUUGCCCCCCAGGCACUGCAGUCAGCGCUCGCUGAGGUGGCCAAGAAGAAGAGCGCCGAGUACAACUGCUCAAUCAGCAUUGCAGUCCGGACAUCCGAGGGGUCUGCGCAGGCCGCCGCCGGCAUCACCAACUUUGAGGCUGGACAGAAGGCGUUGGCCACGGACUUGUAUCCCUGGGGGAGUGUCACGAAGAUGUUCACCGCGGCGUCCAUCAUGAAGUUGGUGGCGGCAGGUGCCUUUCGACUCGAUGAUGAAAUCGCUCCACUGGUGGACACCGUCCUGAAGAAGAUGGCGGCGAAGGAUCCGAAGCAGAAUUUCACCAGCGUCGAGGAGCUUUGGGGCGCAAACGCUGCGAAGACGACGCUGCGGGAGCUUCUGGGCAUGACUACUGGCAAACAGUGGGAAUCUUUUAUGAACGCAGCUCAAGCGUUCUCGGAGCUUGGCGGGCGCAUGACCUGA